UAUAACAAUAAUGAGGGAUAGAACCAAAGUGAGUAAACUAAAUUUUAUAAUAUUGGAUUACGUUUACAAACAAUUGUGAAAAAGUUAAUAUUUUAAUGACUUGAUAACUAGUAAUUGUGAGUGCCGAUGGAUCAUCCAGCGUCCGAUUUUUUUAUGGACUUAGAAGUCGUCAAAUUGCCGUAUUACGAAUCUGUGGGUAUGGUGGACCCGUCUCUACUCCUCCGCCCAGAGGCAGUGUAUGACGACAAACCGGUAGCGACCUUCCGCGACUAUACCAUUGACGAGAACGACCCCAUCCGUGAGCGCGUGCGCAGGACAUAUUACACUAUGCACACUAAUAUGACAUACGACUUCGUUCAAUCUAAAAUGGCCAAAUGGUUGAGCUUCAACCACUUCAAGGCGACCAUGAAGGAGGCGCUAUAUAAGAUGAACGAGCUUAUCGACGAGUCGGACCCUGACCUGGACCUGCCCAACAUCGUGCACGCUUUCCAGACCGCGGAGAGGAUCCGACAGGACCACCCCAAUGACGACUGGUUCCAUCUAAUUGGACUUGUCCAUGAUGUUGGAAAGGUAAUGGCGUUUUACGACGAGCCCCAAUGGUGCGUGGUGGGAGACACGUUCCCCGUCGGUUGCAAGUGGGGCAAACACAUCGUCUACGGAGACGACAGCUUUAAGGGCAACCCUGAUACCUACAACCCGAAGUACAAUACCGAGAAUGGUAUAUACCAGCCAAAAUGCGGUAUCGAGAACCUAAUAAUGUCUUGGGGUCACGAUGAGUACCUCUACCGAGUACUACUCCACAACAAAUCCAAGUUCCCUAUCGAAGGUCUAUGGAUGAUCAGGUAUCACUCCUUCUAUCCUUGGCACGCUGGUGGUGACUACCAACACCUCGCUAAAGAAGACGACGAAAAAAUCAAAGAGGCUGUUACAUUGUUCAACCAAUACGACUUAUACACAAAGUGCACUGACAUCCCCGAUAUCGAAGCUCUGUGGCCCUACUAUGAAGGUCUCAUUGAAAAAUACAUACCUGGUGUGCUCGAAUGGUGAACAAACCCGAAUAGAAUGGGAGAAAACUCGAGUACUAGUAGUAGCUACUUUCUUAAAAAUUGUGUGAAAAUGAUAUUUUUUUUGUAUUUUUUUUAUGAUGAAGGUAAUGAUCGCUGUAGCCUUAAGUGUAAUCUUA